UCUAUUCAUCCGCUGUCAAAUAGAUUUUGGAAGAUUCGGUUGGAGGAGAAAAUAUUUCAGGAUUGGAGGUUGGGCCAGUAAAAAUGGCUUCAGCUUUACUGAAAAAGGCAAUUCUAACUAAUCCAAAUGUAGUACGUAAGACGGCUGCAAUAUUUUGCAAUGCAGCACGGAACCAUUGGAAUUAUCAGUACAAACCUGGCCCAUACCCGGUAACCAUGGAACAGCGCGAAGCGGCAGCCAAGAAGUAUGGAUUGAGCAUAGAGGAAUAUCACCCGUACCCCGAGGAAAUGGGUUAUGGCGACUACCCAAAGAUGCCUGAUAUCGGCGCUGACUCCAAAGACCCCUUCUAUCCGUACGAUCAACCAGAGCUGAAGAGGAAUUUCAACGAACCCAUGCAUGCCCGAGCUGAAAUUUUUGGGGAAGACCGCUAUGACAUAAGUAUGAGACCCCGCUUUCCUGUAUGGUACCAGGCUAUGUGGUUCUUUGGAGUUGUUGGAGGUUGCUUUGCCCUGUACUUCUACCUUGAAGACAUGAAGAUGGGAAGGCCUGUGACCAUCAAACAGUACCCUAAAGAUGGACCACACUAUACCUUCUGUAAUUAAUUAUUUUUUUCAGCUGUGUUUAACUGUUUAGAAGUUAAAUCGGAGAGUUAGCUUGAUUAAAUCAUUACUUUUUUUUUCUGAAA